AUGCGAGAACGCGCUCAGGACAGCCUGGCAGGACUCGUGCUGUAUGUAGGACUCUUCGGGCACCCCGGGAUGCUGCACAGGGCCAAGUACAGCCGCUUUCGGAACGAGUCCAUCACGUCCUUGGACGAAGGCAGUCCGGGAGGCUCGGUCGGGAACAAGAGCUCGCCGCAGCCUCCCUACCCCGCCCUGGCACCUCACCUGUCGGCUGAAGAUGCCACCUUGCCGUCCCAGGAGAGCCCCACCCCACUGUGCACCUUGAUCCCCCGCAUGGCGAGCAUGAAGCUGGCCAACCCAGCCACUUUGCUGAGUCUGAAAAACUUUUGCUUGGGUACCAAAGAGGUGCCCCGGCUGAAGCUCCAGGAAAGCCAAGACCCGGCUCCCAGCAGUCCGGCUUCCCCCGAACCCAGUCUGAGUAGGGCUGGGUCUGCACCUCCACUGCAGCCAGACCCGGUUGGGAACCGGGCAAACGCCUCAACUCCAGAUGCCUGCCCAUUUCCCGGCCCUGGGGAGCCAAACCCCAGGAGCAGGCAGGACAAGCACUUUCUGCAGCACCUGUUGGGAAUGGGCAUGAACUACUGUGUGAAGUACAUGGGCUGUAUUGAAGUGCUGCAAUCAAUGAGGUCACUGGAUUUUGGAAUGAGAACGCAAGUUACAAGGGAAGCAAUAAGUCGCCUGUGUGAAGCUGUCCCUGGUGCUAACGGAGCCAUUAAAAAGCGAAAGCCUCCAGUUAAGUUCCUAUCAACAGUUCUUGGCAAAAGUAAUCUUCAGUUUUCGGGAAUGAAUAUAAAACUGACCAUCUCAACAUGCAGCCUCACGUUGAUGAAUCUUGACAACCAACAGAUUAUUGCAAAUCAUCAUAUGCAGUCUAUUUCAUUUGCCUCUGGAGGGGAUCCUGAUACUACAGACUAUGUUGCCUACGUAGCUAAAGAUCCAGUUAAUCAACGAGCCUGCCACAUAUUGGAAUGCCGCAGUGGAAUGGCCCAAGAUGUCAUAAGUACCAUAGGGCAGGCUUUUGAACUCCGGUUUAAACAGUACUUGAAAAAUCCUUCUCUGAAUACUUCUUGCGAAAGUGAGGAGGCGCACAUUGAUGGGCAUGCUGAGGAAAGAGAAGAUCAUGAGUAUUACAAUGAAAUCCCAGGGAAGCAGCCACCUGCAGGGGGUGUGUCAGAUGUGCGGAUCAAGGUUCAAGCCACGGAUCAAAUGGCUUACUGCCCCAUAAGGUGUGAGAAGUUGUGCUAUUUGCCUGGAAAUUCCAAGUGCGGCAGCAUGUAUGAGAACUGUUUAGAACAAAGCAGGGCAAUAGGUAAUGACCAUGCGAGAGGGGCGCAGUCCCAACGAGACAGCUUGUUAAUGAAGCACACUUGUCGAUUGGAUCUCUUCGAUGACCCCUGCUACAUUAAUACACAGGCUCUUCAAAGUACACUUGGUUCUGCUCGAAAUCAGUGCUCAGCUCAAGCACUGGUGAGCCCGUGGCACCGUGGAAAGGCACCAGAAACUGUACAGCCGGGUGCCACAGCCCAGCCUGCCAGCUCACAUUCUUUGCCACACAUUAAGCAGCAGCUGUGGAAUGAAGAAUGCUACCAUGGCAAGCUGAGCAGGAAGGCAGCAGAGAGCCUCUUGGUAAAGGAUGGGGACUUUUUGGUUCGAGAGAGUGCAACAUCCCCUGGCCAAUAUGUACUAAGUGGACUACAGGGAGGCCAGGCAAAACAUCUUCUCCUGGUGGAUCCUGAAGGCAAGGUGAGGACCAAGGAUCAUGUAUUUGAUAAUGUCGGCCACCUUAUCAGAUACCAUAUGGAUAAUAGUUUGCCAAUUAUCUCUUCUGGAAGCGAAGUAAGCCUUAAACAACCAGUGAGAAAAGAUAAUAAUCCAGGACUUUUGCAUUCCAACAAAUGA